CUCUAGCUACUCUUGCUGGAAACUUUUAGUACAGCCUCUGUAUCCCCAGUUUACUGAAGUUUCAUAAUCAGUCCUCUUGGUCUGUGUCUUUUUUAUUAUUCUAUCAGAUCUUUCAACUUGCAAAUCUAUGAUUCAGUUUGGAAAAUGCUUUGGAAAUCUGUUGGUAUCAUCUCCCACUGUUUUCUCUGUCUUCUCAUGCUCAAACUCCUACUAGUCAAAUACUGGACCUCCUGGUCUAUCUUUAAUUUUUAAAAUUAUUUGUCUCCUAUUUUCCUCAUUUAAUAUUUUCUUUCUAAUUCCUAGGAAAUUGCUUCAACGUUACUUCCAAUCUUUCCACUAAUUUUUUUGGGGGGGGGGUAUCAUUUUUUAUUUCCAAGAGUUAUUUCUUAUUUAUUGAAAGAGUUUCAAAAGAGCAUUCUGUUUUUUGAAGAUGCAACAUUUCAUUUCUUAGAGAUUAACACCUCUUCCCCUCUGCCCUACCCGCAGUUUUUUCCCCUCUGCUCUCUACCUUGUUUCUUUUAUGUGUUUGUUUGGCCUCUCAUUUUGGAGGCUUUCCUCAACUAUCAGCUUAUCCUUGGCUGUCCACUCCUUUUCAUGGCAUUAAGAAGCUACUGUAAGUUCACUGUUUGGCUCCAUAACCCUAUCCUUUUCAUACAUCUGAUAUUCCUGGAUCCAGAACCCUCAGCCUCCAUUUUCUUGAAGAAAAAAAUGCCCAGUUUCCUGGAAGGGGAAGAAGUAAUUUACAUAGGAUUCAACCACUUAAUUUAAGACUUUUUUCAGCCUUUCCCAUGGUGACGACCUCCCCACGAGAACAUGCUUCUCUCAAAGGAUCUCCUUUGUCCCUCUCCAGAAGAGGAGAAGAGGAAACACAAGAAGAAGAGCCUGGUGCAGAGCCCCAAUUCCUAUUUCAUGGAUGUGAAAUGCUCAGGAUGCUAUAAAAUCACCACUGUCUUUGGCCAUGCACAAACAGUAGUUCUGUGUGUUGGCUGCUCUACUUUCCUCUGCCGGCCUACAGGAGGAAAAGCAAGGCUUACAGAAGGAUGCUCCUUCAGACAGAAGCAGCACUAAAAGCCCCCAGAAUCAAGAUGAAUGGGAAACCAUCCCAAUAAACACAUUUUGGUUUAAAAAAAAAAGACUUUCUUCAACCAUUACCUACUUUUAAUCUCCAGUCUCAUUCUUGUAUUUUCACUUUUUACUACCAAGUGUUGAGUAUUUUUGGAGGUUUUGUAAACUUGCUUGCUAGUCUCUGCAGACAACCCAGAGUGUACCUCCCUCUACUUGGCUAAAUUAUUUAACACUUUUCUACUAAUUUUUUUCUCUUUUUUUUGCGGUAUGCAGGCCUCUCACUGCUGUGGCCUCUACUAAUUUUUUUAUCUUCUAAAAUUUUUUUUGUCAUUCUUGUCCCUGUGAUCUUACACUCCUUUUUAUUCUUUUAUUAUAAUGUUAGUGCUAUUUGAAAAGAAAGGAAAUAAAUGCAUUAAGUCAAACUCCCAUGUUUAACCAAAAUACCCAUGCAAUAGUUUUAGAUAUCUUGAAUAAAGUCAUAAGUAUAUUU